UCACAAGCAGGCCGCCGCGGCAGCAGUGCAGCACGGCCUUAAAGCCAGCCGAACGGGCUUCGAUGCACAAGGCAACCACUCCCAUUUGCAGCGCACGAUCUCCGUCUUCAGCACCAGUUCACCCCACCGCAGAGAGAGAGAGCGAGCGAGCGAGAUGGCGACCGAGAUCCAAGGAUACUGCUCCGACGACGACACCUACGUGGUGUCUUUCGACGAGGACUGCUUCGAGGCAACGCUCACCAAAUCCGGCGGCGAGGUGGAGUCGUGGCUGGAGGAGACCUACCGCAUCCACCGCCGCUGCCGCCAUAUGCUCAUCGUCGGCCUCGACGUGGAGUGGCGCCCCGCCGCGCCCGUGCCGGGCCCCGUCGCCGUGCUGCAGAUCUGCGUCGACCGCCGCUGCCUCGUCUUCCAGAUCCUCCGCGCCGACUACGUACCCGACGCGCUGUCCGACUUCCUGGCUGAUCGCCGGUUCACCUUCGUCGGGGUCGGGAUCCGCGACGACGCGGCCAAGCUGCGGGACGGGUACGGGCUGGAGGUGCCGCGCACGGUGGACCUGCGCCGCCUUGCCGCGCGCACGCUCGGGAAGCCCGACCUCCGCCGCGCCGGGCUGCAGAGGCUGGUGUGGGAGGUGCUGGGCGUGCAGAUGGAGAAGCCGCACCACGUCCGCGUCAGCGCCUGGGACAAGCGCAAGCUGUCGAAGGCCCAGUUCAAGUACGCCUGCGCCGACGCGUUCGCGUCCAUGGAGGUCGGCCAGGAGCUCUACACCUGCCACUGCGGCGACGAGUGAUUGUAUCGUGUCGUGCCUUCAAAUAAUGGCGUGGCAUGUUAAAUUUCUGCACUAGUAGUAGUUAACUAGUUGUCGCCAAUGCAAUGUGUCGAUCGUAAUGUUUGUUGAUCGUAAUUUCUGCACUAGUAUCAGCCGUCGUUUGAUUCGGGUUAUUAUUUGUCGUAUGGUGCAUUCUGUAGCUGUUUGAUGAUUGGCGUCUCAAA